AUGCCUCAAUACAAGUUAACUUACUUUCCAAUCCGUGGCAAAGCCGAAUGUAUCCGGAUGGUCUUCGCAAUCGCUGGCGUCGAAUUCGAGGACGUUCGCGUUCAUCCACAAGAUUGGCCAAAGCUCAAAGAAUGUAGGUAUUACAACAUUUCAAAGCAAAGAACAUUAUCACGGACAUUUUAUGCCCAAUCACGUUCUUAGGUUGAUCUCUUAUUCCAUGAUUGUUUCUUUUUUUGAUUUAUUAUGAGGGUUAGGGUCAAAGCGAUAGCCUGUUCCAGGCGUUCAGAUAGUAAAGCGCGGCGGUAAGUGGGGAGCGAGUUAAGUUGUACACCGUCUCCCCCUUUCCCCCUCUAGUCUCCCCUCGUUUUUUUUCCUUGUGAAUUUUUCUCCCGCGGUCUACUAUCUGAACGUCUGGAACAGGCUAUCAAAGCGACUGUAUUUGUCUCAAUCAGAAUUUACUAUACGAGAUUAAUUGACUGAUAAACGCCGGUCUGUAGGUGUUUAAAAUUGUGUAGUCUCAACGCGGUACUCAAGAAAGAAACAGCUUAUCACUGGGAUAUCGGAACCUUUCAUUUCAUCCUCUGGUUGGCAUGACUGAAUAAUUGAACCUUGUUUAAAAUAUGGACACCGUCCAAAGAGACCAAAGGGACACUGAUCAAAGUGUCAGUUGUACAGCAGAGGUGUCUGGCUUAAAGAGGGAAGAAUUGAAUAACGUUUCAUGUUUGAGACUAAGAGAACAAGGCGUAACAUAGGAGUGCCCGCAAGGACAGGUUCGACUGUAUGUAUUAUCCUAAAACAAGUGAAAUCUCAUUCAGACUUAUCGUUCAUGGGCCAUUUUAUACUUAGAAAGGAAUGUUUGUUUUAAUGAUUUGUUUUCAUAGUAGCUUAUUAAUUUCGUGAUCUUUGGCAGUGGUUCAUUUCUUUUGUUUUGGGAUUUUUUCUCAUCGAUUUUUUUUGUACUCACCAGACCUUUUGUUGUGAAAGCAUCUAGACCGGAUCUUUUGUGAAAGGAGCUCUGUGAUCGUAUUUUUCGGUCGGUACGACAGCACUGUUGGACCAUAAAAAUUGUAUUUGACAGAUAUCACACAUAUUUACUCGAAUGUGACGACAUUUAACAAAAGCGUUACUGUUUGACAGAUGAGUUGAUUGCUUUUUCGGUCUCACAAGAUAUUUGACUGAUCUUGUUAAAAACGGUAAUUGGAGAAGAUAACGACUAGGAACUGGUGACUAAACUUAUCAUCGUCAUCAUCACUAUUCAGUACAAAGUGGAUGGUUUUACAAAGGGUAUUUUCGCGACUCGAUAGCCUGCGAAAACAUCCGUUUCUCCUCGCUCUUCGCCGCAGGGGAGGCCAGCGACUCGAGAGUGGCCCUAUCUUUCCUAUCUUGUCUAGCCUCCCACGCAGUAGCCUGCGUGCAGACGAUAACUAAACUCUGAUUAGUACCGGAGUUAACCAGCGUUUAAUUUCGUCUGCGCGCAGGCUACCCACGCAGGCGAACGAACCCCUAAGAACGUGUACGUGGGAGGCUAUAUUUUGUCCUCGUGAAAUGUGAAAUGGCUAGUUUUUCCUCGCGAAUCGGGAUUUCCAUAGUUAAGCGUGAUUUUGCAAAAUUAUUCCUUCGUGAAGCGAAAAAUAAAUGAACCUUUAAUUUCGCUAUGUCUGUUAUUUUCGUGAGUGGUAAAAGGUCUGUCUUAUUUCCCGUGAAACGUGAUCGAUCGCCCCUCCACCCACCUUUACCACCCUCUGAAGCAUGUGGCUCUGCUCACCUUUUGAGGCAUUGACUUUCACUGUAUAAGCGUAAGUAUAUAAGUGCUACAAAAACUGAGGUUAUAAAUACAUUUCUUACAUUUUAUCUCUUCAGCUGGAUUAAGUCCUUCAGGUCAGCUUCCUAUUUUGGAAGUGAACGGGCAGAUUCUAACACAGUCCAAAGCUAUUCUAAGUUAUGUGGCCAAGGAACUUGGUUAGUACUUUUUUUAAAUUUGUCUUUUAAUCAGUACAGUAGAAUUUUUUUCCUCCACGAUGAGGGGGAAGAAUAAAGUGGAGGAAGAAAAACUAAUAACCUUAAAUCGUGCAUGAAGCGGUUGCAAUAAUCACACUUCUUUAGUUCAGAGAAUUGUUUAAGCAAAGUGGUCGCUAAGAAGAAAAUCAAUUUUUUUAGUUCUUGGAAAUAUGGGUAUAAUGUAGUUGUAAAUAUAACCUAGAAAGCAGUUUUACUUUUGUGGUUUAUUGAGGUUUGGCCCCAGAAGACAAUUUUCAGCUUGGUCAAGCCGACAUGUUAGCUGGCGUGAUCUCAGAGUUAGAAGAUAAGCUAAACGCAGCCUUCGCCAAUGAAGACCAAGAAAAAAAGGCGAGGAACUUACAUCUAAAGUAAUAUUGUACUGUUAAGUCAAUGUUGUAGUAGUCUAGAUUGCAGCUAGGAAUUUAGCUUCGUCGUUAGCCUGCGUAGCUGGCGGAAUUGUUUUUUGAGCGUGUGAGAGUUUUGGCGGCAAAGCGAGCGUAAAAGCGUCUCCUUCCCAUUCUCAGCACGGUUUUGCAGCUCCUCUUUCAAAACGUUCCUCGCGCAAACGAUCCCGCUGGUUACGCAGGCUACUCCGUCGUUAGUUUGAAUUGCUGUUUUGCGUUUCUCGUAUAGCAUUAAUUCCGCCUGCCCCACCUUACCUUCCAACUAAUUAUUGCUGUAUGGACGUUCCUAAGGUUUCUUAAGUUUUCCAAGCAGAUACUGACUCGAAAAUAAUUUUUUUUGUUAUGUGUAAACGAUUAAUCUUGUUUGAGUAUUUUUGGGAAAGCCCAUCAUUGUAUUAUGGAAAAGUUAACUGAUGCUCAAUCAAUGUCUUAAGUAUUAACCUGAAAUUUGUUCUUUUCUUUACAGGAAAAAGCCCUCACGGCUGUUCGUGAGCUACUUGUUAGCAGAUGCGAAUAUUUUGAGAAGCUCCUGGCUACUAACAAUAAGCGGGGAUUUUUCUUUGGAGAAAAGGUUGAUAAGUAAAUCUAUAGUGAACAGUGACUUCUAUUUUAAAUUAUGCAAGUAGUCUAUUUUGUGCAAGCCUGCGAGAAGGCUCACAUGUGCGAGUUCGGGGAAAAUUUUGGCCUGCUCGCAAGGUACUUUUUGUCCCUAAUUUCUCCAAAGCGACGAAAAGUCUGAGUACAAACAGGAGCUCAGGUGAGGAAGUGAAAGAGAAGAAGUUGUUUUUCUCCUCAGUUUCUUUCCCCUUACAUCCAUAUACAUCGGUAAUGAUUAUGAUUAUUAUUAGCUAUCGAACGCCUCUAUGUAGAAAGUUGGCCGGGUAUGUGCUUGGGGCCAACCUUAUCCCAGGGCUUUUUAUUACCGUUACAAAAUGGAAGGGACCUUUUCCCGCCCUCCCAUUUUCAACGGAAAAAUCCUCGGAACAAAGUUGGGUUGGAGUCGGAGCCCUUCCCGGGGAACAACAAGACUAUUUCGUCUAUCUUUCGUUCCCUGUUAUGACAUAAGCCUUCCGAGGAAUUCUAGUUGUUCCAAUAUUAACUCGAUUUCUGCGUUUUUCUAACGAUUCCCACCCAGGUCUCAUAAAAGCUAUUGAUAUCUUGUGGUAACGGAUCCAGCUCCAAUCACCGGCAAUGAGAACACUGUUCGAUAGAAGAAUCAAGUAAAGAACUAUGAAAUCAUAUCGGUAGUCACUGUUAAGAGGCUAUUGGUACACCAUUAGAUCGACUGAGAAACAAAAAUACAAAUGCGGUAUCGCUAUAUGAUUUCGUUUAAUAAAAACGUAUCUGUAAUAAACUAAGACAAGAAUACUUAUUUUUUGCAAUAACUACCCCUACAUUUUUUUCUUUAGCUAACCUAUGCAGAUGUUGUGGUGUUCGCGUUUCUAAACAGCCAUUUACUAAAGGGCAAAGCAGAAGGGAUCCCUGAGCUGCUUAAAGACUUUCUGGCCUUAUCCGCUUGGUAUGAGCUGGUCAGAACUCAACCCAAGAUUUUAGAAUGGCUGAAAAACCCUCCAGCAGAUAUCAUUGAUUAUGUUUACUGA